AUGAUUAGAAAGGGAACCUCCUGUCUGUCACAACAGAACCGGUCCGAGCCCGGAGAAUCAAACCGGGCCGGUGAGGGUCGGUGAGUUUGCAGAACCAGGACAGUUUUUCAGACCCAGUGUUGGGUUUAAACAGAAACUGGUCUGGAUACUAAAAGGGGGUCUGAAGGUCCUCCCUCAUGAGGUUCUGAGACUCUUGUUGGUUCUUCCUGCUCUCUGGUUCAUGUUUCUGCAGCUUUUAACUCUUUAAUGUCUGAAAACACAAAUUAUCGACAGAAAAUCCUAAAAUUUUUGGAGCUGAAAUGUUGAUUUAACUUUUUACUGAAAACCAAAACAAUGAAAAUAUCCUUAAAAUCUAACAAAUGAUUUUAUUUAUUGAUCUCGUUUGAUCCAUUAGAUCUUUUUGGAAACUGAUUAAAGGACAUUUUUAUCAUUGAUCUGUAUUCAGGUGUUUUAGUAAUCUGUUGAUCAUACUGAUUGAUAGAAGUAUCAUGAAAGUAUAGAUCAAAUUUGACACCAAAGGCAAUAAAGGGUUAAUGGUCCAAGACUUGAUCUGAAGGGGGAACUGGACUCUGCUGAAGAAACUUCUGGAGGAUCAUCUGCAGAAGUUUCCACUCGUCCCUGAAGGUCAAUCAUCGCUGUGAGUAUUUAAGUCCAAACAUCAGGCAGGAGAGGGGUCAGAUAAUCCUCAACCCUGGUUUUUAAAAUCCUCCAAAGUAAUCAGACUAUGUAGUCUCAGGUGACCUUGUCCUCAGACCAGGACCAGGACCAGGACCAGAACCAGAGAGUGAAAACAAGGAGAAAGUUGGAGCAGAAUAAAGAACACGAACACUGAAGAGUGACUGUCCUCCAAUCACUGUGAGAGCCUCCUGCAGAUUAACCUCCACGAUGAAGAUGAAGAUGAUGAUGAUGAUGAUGAUGAUGGUGAUGAUGAAGAUGAUGAUGAUGAUGAUGAUGAUGAUGAUGGUGAUGAUGAUGAUGAUGAUGAUGAUGAUGGUGAUGACCUCAGUCUGUUAAUAUAUUAAAUUAUAAUCGGACUUUAGAUCCGCUCACACUGACGUAGGAAAAGGUCGGAGGUCGCCGCACUUUUUAUCUCACAGUCAGUUUUUUUUUGGUCCACAGAUCAGCGAGAGAAGAGGCUCACGUCUCUGUCAGAGGGGCUGAACAUAACGAUGUUUUUAAUCAAUGAAUCUAACGAUUAUGUUUUUGAUCAGUGGACUAAUCUAUCGACUAAUUUAUUAAUUAUUCUAAUGAUUAUUUUUUUCACAAAGAACUUCACGUUUCUGUUUAUCUAAAGUCGACUGUCAGUCACACUCAGACAGAAACCUUCACUCAGAGCUGGACGACAAACUGUGAAUCUCAGUUUAACGUUUUCAGGUAACCAGCCUGAUCGGUUAUUGUUGCUUAGCAACCUCCUUUAACAGGUACGCGCUCACCUUCCUCUGAGUUACAGUGACUGUCAAACAAUAAAAAACAUUCAGACCAUCUUUGAUUGUAAAGUGAGAAAGUCAACCAACCAUAAAGGCACAUUAUGUCGCAAUGCAUUGUGGGCCGUGGUCGGCAUAAUGCUGACAACAGUGUUUGUUUACAUCGCUCAGUACGACUAGAUAACAGCGUUUUAUGUAAUCGGUCGUGACGCACCGCCACGGUCAAAUAAAAGCCGCCACUCUUUAAAAACGAGUUUUUUUUUCUUCUGUGACUCGACCUCAGACUCACGUGUUUCCUCCAAACUUCAGUCUCAGCUCAGCAGACCUGGUUCAAUGUUCUCAGCUUCUUCUCUUUACCAGCCAACAUGAUCCAACAUCUCCUCCCUCGACAGGUCUCUGAUCUCCACCAGGUUCGACUUUUCACUUCUGAACAUCUCAUCUCCACAGUUAUCAAGACGACAACAGCAGAACAAACACAGCGUCACAAAGAAGACCUCCAAGAAGACCUCCAUGAAGAUCUCCAUGAAGACCUCCAAGAAGACCUCCAUGAAGAGCUCCAUGAAGUCUGACCUCUGUCAGGAUCCACCUGUCUAA